AUGCUUCUCUCAGGUCUUAGAAUCGGUACAUUCUCACAGUUCAUGAUGAUACUCUAUAUUCUUACACUACCAGAGAAUGCUAUCACCUCAUUCAUUGUUAAAUCAACAUCAUUAGAUAUCGAUGAUAACGACAACGACAAUCAAACAAACAGUAACAACAAUAAUAAUAGCAAUAAUAAUAGAAGUAAUAAUAAUAAUAAUCUAAUAAUGAUCGAUUACUUUAUAAAAGAUCAAAUAAUACAAUCGACAUUGACUAAAUCACUUUAUAUAUUAAUAGUAUACUAUAUAGCGACUGCAUUUUUAACCACAACAACAUGCAACAGGAAUAGGAAUAGCAAUAACAUGAUAAGAGAUACAACUAUUAUCGCUCUUUACUUUUUACUUAUUAGUUACUUGUCAGUGUCAACCGACCAGAUUAGAAAGCUACAUGUCGAUAUAGGAUCACUAGCUAUCACAUCGUCAAAGAUGGAUUUGUCAAUUGAACACUAUGAAGCUGCACUUGCUCAGGGUCACAGAGAACUAAGCGGUUACAAGCGAUUGGUACCGAUUCAGGAUCACGAGUACGAGUUUGUUGGUGAUCUAGGUCUAUUCUAUGAAUCAAAGGCGAGAUAUCAAGAUGCCGAGCAACUCUAUCGUGAAUACAUGCCUCGAUUCCCAAGCCAUCUAAAGUUACAGAUCGGUCUGAUACGAACUCUCGAACACAAUAAGCAAUACAACGAAAUCUGUAAGAUCAUCGGUCCCAUUGAGUCGUUGGCACUCGAGCAAUCACAAAGUGACAACUGUCACAGUAUAGAUUGCAGUAGAUACAAAGGACAUGCCAAAUAUGCAUUGAACAUAAUAAACAAUCUUAAAAAGAAAUGUUAA